AUGUCGAUUAACGCAUACAUAAACAAUACAAUAGAGCGCAUUAUCCGAACACCCGACGACCCCGAACCAAGCUCACAGAUCGAACAUGGCCUGUAUCUGAUUAGAGGCGAUAAUGUGGUUGUAUGCGGUGAAGUGGAUGAAGCAAUUGACCAAGAUAUCGACUGGACCAAAGUAAAAGGAGAGGUAGUGCGAGGAACGAAAAAUGCAUGA